UAUGCGUUGUUGGCUUUGUUAUGAUAAAAGUUUUGUUUUAACGGGGGUUCCAGGGGAUAGCGCCUCCGAGAGAGGUUCAAGGGGCGGCAGCCCCUGCGGGAUCCAAGGGGCAGAGCCCCUGGCUGAGGUCGAGAUGCUGUGUUAAAAGUUUACUUGAAUUUUUAUUUUUCGGAAUUAGGCAUAAAGAAAUUCCGAAAGAACGCUUCUUCUAAUUUUCGCGCGUUUAGAUGCGAAUUUCAGAAGAGAGAUGCAAUCGCAUCUCUUCUCCCUCUCCGCUUCUAUAAGUAUCCGGCAAGUUUUGUUUACACGCUAUGCUGCUUCUUCUUGCGCAGGGAAUAUCGUUUCCGGCGCUCUGUUCAUCUCGCCAAUGCCAACUGUUUACAGGAUCGUGAAAAACAGAUCAGUGGAGGGCUUCCAUCCAUGGCCGUACCAUGCGGCGCUGAUGAAUUGCUUGAUGUGGGUGUUCUACGCCAUGCCCUCCGUCCAUCCCCACAGCGUUCUCGUCAUGACCAUAAACUCCAUCGGCAUCGUUUUGGAGAUCUGCUAUCUCAUCGUCUUUUUCGUCUUCACCAGUCCCAGAAAUCGGGGGAGAAUGGUGGGCUUGUUCGGCGUUCAAAUGCUUGUUCUAACUGUGAUAGUCGUUGGCACUCUCCUGGGCGCGGACACCAUUGAGAAGAGAACCAAAAUCGUGGGGUCGCUCUGCGUGGUUUUCGGGAUCAUUCUCUACGCGUCGCCUCUAUCUGUGAUGAAGACAGUGAUCAGGAGCGGGAGCGCGGAGUACUUGCCGGGCUGGCUCAUAGCUUCCGGCUUCGCUAAUGGAGUCCUCUGGGCGGCAUAUGCUUGCAUUAGAUUUGACAUCUUUAUCUUAGUGAGCAAUGGUGUGGGGGCCAUCUUAGCUCUGUCCCAGAUAAUCCUCAAGUGCAUUUGCCAUAACCUCCCAAGGCCAGCAGAAGUCCAUAGUGUGGAUGAUGACGACCCCAAUAAUAAUAAUGUGGCUGAUGAUGACCCCAAUGUGUUCAAUAAGCCUCCACCCAGCUUUCUCCAUCAGAUUUCCUUCCAGCUCCAGCUAGUCGCCGUCCGCCGCCGUCUUGCUCCUCCUACUGAAUUAUUCAAAAUGGAAGACAUCACAAUGUCAAUUGGCAAGACGACCCAAGAUCUAGCAAUGGAGGGACAGAAACAUUUGGAGGAAACAAUUGAAGCAGCAUAUCGAAUCCUCGCUUCAAUGAAUGAUGAGCUCUGCAACCCUGCAUUAUGGUGCAUUACCACUUCUUCUUCUCAAGUUCCUGCUGCUAAUAAUAAUAACAAUUCGAUUUCCCAAAACGGAGCGGGGAAUGGAGAUUCUGCCUCUGAUGGAACCGGUCGUGGCAGUGUUAGUUCCGGUAGAGGAAAUGGAGCACUUGAUGAAGCUCGAUUUCGGUAUAAAAGCUCCAUAGCUGCUCUUCGCGAGGUUUUGGCUGCCAUUCCGGUUUCUCGCGAGGAAAAAGCAUUUGAAACCAGUUCAGCAUCUCCAGAAGAAGAUGAAGCUGAUGUUGAGAAAUUGGAAGUGAAAGCCUCCAAUCUUAAAAAGGAACUUGUCAAGAAGAAUGGACAUAUUAAGCUUCUCAUUGAUCAAUUACGAGAUCUUAUCUCCGAUUUAUCUACCUGGCAAAGUCCCUGCUCACUAUGAAGUCCGUGUUGAUAUCAUGACAUGAAAAUGGAGAUUAGAUCUCAUAAUUCAUUCUUCAAAGGCAAGCCCCGAAUGGUAAUCUUAUAAUGAUUUUUCUUAGAAGUUAAUCUCCAAUUUUGUAGCUUAUUCAAUACUGUAGAAACGCGGUUGUCGAAAAGUUUCAAUUUUUUUAAAAGAGAAUUUGGACAGGAUGUCGUACUCCAUGAUGUGUUGAGUUAUAUGGAUGAAGUCUUUGUUGAGAUGAAUCCUCUUUGUCUGGGAAUUUGAAUGGUAAUUCUGCUUCUUGAGACAAGUGAUAUGAGUGUUAAGUAGCUUUAUAAGGUUGUCAACAUGAACCUUGAUGUGUUAUGACUUUUGAACUAUCAAAGAGGUCACUUAUUGGUUCUUGAGUAACAAACUUUGGACCUCAAU